AUGGCUUCUGCAGCAACAGAGGGAGAGAAGGGGUCUCCUGUGGUGGUGGGGUUGCUGGUUUUAGGCAACAUCAUCAUUCUGUUGUCCGGCCUGGCCCUGUUUGCCGAGACGGUGUGGGUGACGGCUGACCAGUACCGUGUAUACCCGCUGAUGGGCGUCUCAGGCAAGGACGACGUCUUCGCGGGAGCCUGGAUCGCCAUCUUCUGCGGCUUCUCCUUCUUCGUGGUGGCCAGCUUUGGUGUAGGCGCCGCACUCUGCCGCCGUCGGUCCAUGAUCCUCACGUACCUGCUGCUGAUGCUCAUAGUCUACAUCUUCGAGUGUGCCUCCUGCAUCACCUCCUACACCCACCGUGACUAUAUGGUGUCCAACCCGUCCCUGAUCACCAAGCAAAUGCUGACCUUCUACAGUGCAGACAGCGACCAGGGCCAGGAGCUGACCCGCCUCUGGGACCGGGUCAUGAUUGAGCAAGAAUGCUGUGGUACAUCUGGCCCGAUGGACUGGGUGAAUUACACAUCAGCCUUCCGGGCAGCCACCCCAGAAGUGGAAUUCCCCUGGCCCCCCCUGUGCUGCCGUCGGACAGGGAACUUCAUCCCCGUCAACGAAGAAGGCUGCCGAGUGGGCCACGUGGACUACCUGUUUACCAAGGGUUGCUUCGAGCACAUCGGUCACGCCAUCGACAGCUACACGUGGGGCAUAUCGUGGUUUGGCUUCGCCAUCUUGAUGUGGACACUCCCGGUGAUGCUGAUCGCCAUGUACUUCUACACCACUCUCUGAGGAUGAAGGGGAAGCCGCGCGCGCACGCACGCACACCUCUGCCUGAAGCCCCUGCCUGGCGGCGGCUGCACCCGGAGUUCCUCAACCCCCUCCCCACCCCGCCCCCGCCCCAUCCCCGCGUGCCUCGGUCACAGCCCACCCCUGCCCACCUCCCUCCGUCUUCCCUUCUCGCGAUCCCAAAGUCCCUUUGUAGCUGUAGGAGCUGCCUUGGACCCUAGCUGUGCCCCAGACCUGGAUUUGUGUGCCUGGACCCCGUUGGUCCCGUUUGGCUCUGCUGACCUGGCAAACGUCCUGUCCCCCGAGGCCCUUCCGCUCUUCCUGACGACCCAGCAUGCGCCUCUCUGUAGCCGUGGUUGCUCAGUGGUUUGUGUAAGCUCCAGUAGGCCCAGAUUGCUGUAGGAGGAGGGACGUACUCUGCCAUGGUCAUUGGGGCUCCCAUCACCACCCAGAUCACCAGCCAGCGUGUGUCUGAGCAUGGGCCACAUGUCCAAUAAAUACCGGCUGGCUGAAUAAGCA